AUGGCAGGGACAAUUCAGAGAACAUCAGAUGGAGUUCCCAUAUUUGAUGGGUCACCAGAACUCCUUACCCUUUACCGUGAAGAAGCAGUUCAGUACCUGAUGACCUUUGAGUACAAGAAAAGGUACCUGGCUGGACCCAGGUUGGUGAAAGAACUUCAGGGAACAGCAAAAACUGCCGGGAGAAACAUGACGUUGAGGAAUCCUCAAUGGGUGUCGCAUCCUAGGGGGGUCUUUGUCCUCUUGGAGCACCUGGAAGGGGUAGUGGCAAAACCAAGCUUAGUUGAAGCCUCUCGGUUCAUCAUGAAGUACUUCUAUGGCCUACAGAGAAAGAAGUUUGAAACAAUGACUAGCUGGAUCACACGGCAUUCAGAAGCCUUGUGGGAAGCGUCACAGUCUCUGAGGAAGGUUCAAAAGGAAUAUGGACCGAGGACCAAAGCAGAAAGCAGUCAAGGGUGGCAUGAUCAUGGCCCUCGGAGUGGGGUUCCUAGCCAGACAGGCUCAGUGUCAGGCGAUCCUGGACCCUUUAGAGAUGAUGGUCGGUUGGACGAGGCUGACGAUGACGAGGAGAACUUUGGGAACUAUGGCUGGUGGCAAGGCGAACAUCAGGAUUGGCGAGCUCAGGGACAUGGCAACUACGGGUGGUCAGACUGGGGUUACCAAUCUUGGCAUUCCAAGGAAUACGAACCACCAGAAAGCUGGGACACAUCUUCUGAAGUGUUCUUACCAGAGUUCCUAGUGGGGUUCCUCCUCUUACAUCGGAGUGGCCUUGACACACAUGAACGGGCAAAUGUGCUCGCUGCGAUCCGGGGCGAAUUCUCUCCGCAGACCGUGGCCAAGGCACUUCGAGAGCAGUGGUCCGAUGACGACCUCAACAAGCGGGAUCGGGCAAAGUUCGGGGCAGCAAUGACAGCUGUCGGCGGCGAGGAUGAGGAGCUGGAGGCUCUGAUGGUGGAUGAUGAUGAUCACUUUCAAGAUCUCUCUCACGAAGACCAACAGGCCUACAUGCUUGAACAAUCCCGAGUUGAUGAAGCCCUGGCUGCCAUCCAGACUCAGAAAACAACUCUCAAAGAAGCACGAUGGAAGCAGAAACAACUGAAGCUUGGAAGGGGGUACUUUCCUCCGAAACCAUACCAAAGACCAGGGCCCAGUGGGGGCUCAACAAAGAAGCCCGUGGGAGAAGGGUGCUUCAAAUGCGGAGGACCGCAUCUCGCUCGCGACUGCCCAAAGAAGAUGGAGAAGGAGGCAAGGGUGAGUGAGGAGGCGGCCGAGAUCGCUUUUGGAGUCACUCGCAUUCAGGAGGACGACAACCUCUACGGCUCUGUGGUCGAAGAGACAGCCAUGGAAGCCGUGGAGGGGGAGCAAGUCCUGAGAACAUGCUAUGGGAUCAUCGACAGUGGGGCCACAUCCUCAUUGGGAUCCAUUGACGCCUUGGAGGAGGUGAUGAAAGCCAAUUUGGCUACACAUGGAGAUUCAAAGAUGGAGAUAGACCUCAACCAGAAACCCACUUUCAAGUUCGGCAAUGGCCAAAAGAAAACAUGCCUGUCUACGGUCCACAUGGGAAUGGAGGCAGGCAGCAAAAGUGGGAGAAUGGAAGUUCACGUACAUGACUCGCCCAUGCAGCCUGUCUUAGUGUCAAGAAAGGCACUCAAGGCUCUCGGGGCUGUCAUUGACUUUGAGGAGGGUACCAUCAUCUACAAGCGGAUCAACAAGAAAAAGGUGGUCAAGCUCAAGGAGGCAGCCAACGGUCACCUUCUGAUGCCUCUGACCGGGAAUUUGCUUUUAGGCCUCACUUCAAUGCCGGCACCAACGACGCGUGCUCAGUGGGUAUCCCUGUUGGCCGAGAAGGGGACCGUGGUGCCCGACUCCUGGAGCGUCAUGCAGAUGAAAGCCCACUUGGCAGAACUCCAGCAGAAAGACCAACCAAUCAGCAAUGGAGAAAUGGAGGUGCGCAUCAAGGCUUUGAAGAAGGCAUCGAACCGCCGUGCCGACUUGGUGAACUUCCUGACAAAGGAGGGGAUUCCCUACAGUCAACAUGCCACCAUCGCCCAACUCUAUGCAAAGGGAGAACAAGCCAUCACCGAGGACUACGAGCCCCAGGGCAAGGAGCUGAUGGGCUUUGGGAAGUUCGGAGGCCUCACCAUGGAGGAAGUGAUGGACCGUCACCCCAGCUACAUGAAAUGGGUGGUGGACACCUACCAGGAGACGGAUCAGUUUCACUGGAGGCUGAAAAGGGCAGCCGUGUAUGCCAUGCAGGCUCAGGCCAAGAAGGACUACCAGGAACCACAUCCCCAGAACACCAAGUCCAAGAAGGCAACUCCGCACAUCAGUGCGGCCGGCAGCGAUGGCAGUUUCGAGAAAGUGUCGGAGGGCAAGCACGAGUUUUCUCCGACUCAGUCUUUCCAGAAGACCAAGCACGUUUCCACGGAUGCAGAGACCCAGAUUGCAGAGCUCCAGCUGAAGAUUCAGCAGCUCGAGAACGAGAAAGCCGAGAUGGAACUCCAGGCAGCCCGCAGCAAGAACCGGAAGGAAACCUUUGCAGCAGAAGAUGCGCAAGAACCGCAAGACGAAGGUGAGGAGAUCACCGAGGAGGAGAAAAAGACCAUCGAGGCCAAGAUUCAGCAUAUUCAUCGCACCACAGGACAUGGGAGCAUGAGGAACUCUGGCUUCCCAUCUUUGGCAAACCACGUGGAGUUCGAGUGGACCCGGCAGAUCAGUGCCGUGGAACAAGGAAUCAAGACCGUCAAGGGUAUCAUGGAAUCUUUGGCUACUGACUUUGUGGACAUGGAAAUUCGUGAACUUUUUGCUAGAAGUAUUUGGGUUUGCAACAACCAGGAGAUCUAUAAGGGAUAUUCUCCACUACAACAUGCGUUAGGUUUUCAAGAAGAUGCCACUAUGAGAUGCAAAGCGGAGAAGGCCUUUGCAGAGGAACAGGCCAAGCGGAGACUGGAGAGUCCCGCUCGGGUGAUUGCUACUGAGACAAGAAAGGAUGAGGAAUCAAGAAAAGCAUAUGAGAUUGACCUUCAAAUUCCUAGCAGCAAGCGAGGAAUCAAGAAGUUCACGCAGAACCCCGAGGCUUACAUGGUCAACCAACUGAAAAGAAGGCAGGUAGAGGUGAGGGAGAAAACAUUGACAAAGGAUGAAGCACUACAAUUUCAUGCAGCAAAACAAACUGAAGUUCGCAACUUUUUGGCUUCCCAAUGUUUCAAAUCCCUUGGUGACCAUAUUCCAGAGGAAUCCAAAGUCUUGGGAAUGCGCUGGCUUCUGACAUGGAAGUAUGAUCCAAAGUAUGAAGAUGGAAAGAAGGCGAAGGCCAGGGCAGUCGUUUUAGGCUAUCAAGAUCCUGAAUAUGCAACACGACAAACCUCGGCACCAACACCAUCGAAAGCAGGUCGACAAUUAUUUUUACAAUAUUGUGCGUAUCGCAAGUUUCGGUUAGCCAAGGGUGAUGUCAGCGGUGCGUUUUUGCAAGGAAUGGACAUGCGAGAAGAACUCUGGUGUCGGCCACUACCCGAGAUGUGCGAGCAACUUGGGAUUGAGGAAGGCACUCCGAUGCUUUUGAAAAAGGCAGCAUAUGGUUUAGUACAGGCUCCACUGUACUGGUAUGAAUCCGUAUGUCACACUCUCUCACAGUUGGGAUAUCACCGUUUACAAACUGAACCUUGUUGUUGGAUUUACCAAGAUGAUUCUGGCGUGGUUAGAUCUAUGAUUCAUGCUCAUGUUGAUGAUUUUGUAUUUGCGGGGUCACGAGAUUGCCAAGUACAUCAGCGUCUUAUGGAACAACUCAAACAAGUGUACAAUUGGGGUACUUGGGAAUAUGACUCUUUUGAACAAUGUGGAAUAUUAAUUCGACAAGAUGAUCGAGGAAAUAUUUUUCUAUCACAACGGAGGUUCAUUGAGGAACUAGAAGAAAUACCUCUCAACCGUGAUCGCUCACGGCAACAGGAACUUCCAACCACGGACAAGGAGAAGAGUGCUCUACGAGGACUUUUGGGAAGUCUCUCGUGGCUAUGUGGGCAAACAUGUUUCAUGUACUCAGUGGAUGUCAAUUUUCUUAUUACAUGUAUUCCAGUGAGCACCGUGGGCGAGAUUGUGAAAGCAAAUGCACUGGUGAGGAAUGUGAAAAAGUGGCAUUUACAAGAAUUUCAAAUUCACAGUUUUCAUCCCGAAGAUGAAUUACACAUGGUAUGCUGGACAGACGCUGCGUGGGCCAAUAGGCCAAACGGAAAAGACAGCACAGAGGGAAUUUUUAUUGGAAUGACCAGUCAAAACCUGCUGCAAGGUCAUGAGACCAAUGUGUCCCCGAUAUUUUGGAGAUCAGCGAAAACGGAACGGACAUGCAGAUCCCCAGCAUGUGCUGAAACUAUGGCUGCACUAGAUGGUGAGGAUGAUUUAUUGUACCUCAGAGUGCUUUGGUGGGAAAUCAGCGGAGGGCAUGUCAACACACGCUAUCCAAAUGAAGCUGCUCGUCAAACACCUGGUAUUAUUGUGACUGAUGCUCGAAAUUUAUAUGACAAACUACACCGAGCUACAGUAUGUAUCAAGGGAGCUGAAAAACGGAGUGAUAUUGAGGCCAUAAGUCUACGAGAAAAUGCUGAAGAUAGUGGCGUUCAAUUCAACUGGGUACAUGGGGGAGCAAUGAUAGCAAAUUCUCUUACCAAAACCACAGAAAAGGCUCAAGCUCUUUUAUACAUACAAAUGGGAUUUCGCUACAAGAUCGUGCAAGAUGACCAGGGAAGAUCCGAGAAAGUCAGGAGAAAAGAAGGUCUGACACCUAUGGAGGACACCUGUAUCGAUCUCGAUCGACAGCGCACACAAAACACACACACAGCCAUUUCAAAGUGA